AUGUUAAACAUGUUACUAAAGUUCCUGGAUCAACCGGAGCUUGGGAACCAGUGGUUCGUAGGAGGGCUGGUUAAACGGUACAACGACCUUAUUAAUAAAUCACCUGGAGGGUUAGCUAAGUACUUUCGGGUUGUUGACGAAUCCGAUGAGAACGUCGUAAAGGGCAAGGGUAUCACUGCUGGAGCCAUUGUGGAGAACCUUGGCAAAGUUGUUCAUGGUACCGAGAUAUUCUUGGAUGAUAUUAAAAGCCCAGGCGAAUACGAGUCUGCUUACAGUCCAGAGGCUACGUGGAGUAAAUCAUGUACCCAAAAGCCGGAAGAUUGCGCAGCUGUCUUCGUGGGUAUUGCGCCCAUGUUACGGGCAAGCAUAUCAUCUUUGAAUGCUGCUGUGUUUGCUGCGAAAUUGAGAUUGCCGCCGUUUAUUGCUUGUAAGCGUAUGCAGCAGUUGAUACAAGCAUUGGGUUACGUAGAGCCACAACGCCGCGCUGGCAUGAGUGGGUUUGAUGUCCCCAAAGCGUUGAGAGGUCUAUAUUUACGAACACUGAUAACGCUAUGCGACUUCACAGGAUUCUGGGCUUUCUGUGGAUCGAAUAAUCCUGAUUUGGGAGCUGGUAAACAUGGAAACUAUCCGGUAUCGGAAGUUGAUUUUGACGUUAACAUGAAGCCCAUAGACGCUUCCAUGAAGAUAGGAUUCCGCUGA